AUGGUCCUCCGCACCUGCCACGUCCACCAGUGCCUUCUUUCCUCCACUAUCCCAAAUUUCGAGCUGCACUUGCCUCAUCCACCACAUUACAAGUACGUAUCCGCAACUGUAAGAAACGGGGAAAGAGCCAACGCAUGA